AUGGCACCGACAGGGAACGACAAAUCUACCGCACCACAGUUUGUCGGUGUGGUUGGCGUUGCAUUUGCAGUGAUCAUCGUUCUUUUCGUGGGCACAUUCGGCGUCCGUCGUUGUCUCCCGAGGAGGUUCCAGAAAUCCUCUCAAGAACCAGAGCGUGGCCUGCCAGCCGCGGGUGAGAUCUCGCCGCUCUUGCCGGCACCUAUUGCAGUGCCGACACCGCCCGAGGACUACCAGCAGGCGGCCGACUACGGUGCUACGGCGCUGUCACCUACUCCUGCGGACAAGAGAGAGUCUUCUCAGAAUCAUGAGGCUCACGAGGAAGGCAUGGCGGAAACUGGGAAUAUCGCCAAGGCUCAAGGGAAGGCUUUGGCAAGACAAUCACGGAGACCUAGCUCAGCAGGUUCCUCGCAACAUUCCGCUUCUGAACGUCUUUUUGGUGCGCCUACAAGUCUCGCCCACUCCAGGUCGCCUCAUGGGGGUUGGACAUGGCAUGACGGCGGAGGAGGCAACAGUGGACGCGGAGAUGGCUCCGGUUCAGACUAA